AUGCAUCAUUUCCAACCCACACGUGUGUUCAACACCACCACCACCACCUCAACAAUGACAGGUGUUGUCAUCAAACAAGCACGCCACCACCUCUCGUUCAGCUGCUAUUACCUCUCUCAGAAAUCAACAGCAUCAAUUUCUGCUUGUACCACCACCACUAUGACACCAUUCCGAUACUUUUCAUUGAGAACAUCAAUGACCUAUAACAACAUGUUAUCCGAUCCUAACAAUCAUGAUAGUAAUAAUAAUAAUAAUAACAAUCAUUAUAGUAAUAAUAAUAACAAUCAUAACAACAAUCAUACCAUAUCAAGUUCAAACAAAAAAUCCGAUGAUUUUAUCUUUUCAUUGGAGGAUUUAGAAAAAGUCAAAGAACAAUUAGUACAAACAAUUGUGCAACAAGAAAAUUCACGAUUGCCAUUACCCUCUCCAGGAAAAUCAAGUGGUAAUUCAGUUGUCGAUGAAGCAACCAAACAAUGGAGAUUAACAAAUACUAAAGAUGAUGAAAAUUUACAAAAAUUAUACAAAUCAACAAGGCAGACAACGAAACCAAAGCGUGCAACAAUAACCCUCCUCGAACAAUCACAAAUUCAAGGUGACGAGGAAAAUUCAGAUGACUUUGAAGUGGGUGUGGACAAGGAAGAACUUGCUAAAUAUGUCAAUCCAUACAAUCCAGAGACUGGUGAAGUGAAUGGACCAAAAGGUGCAGAACCAACAAGAUUUGGUGAUUGGGAAAAGAGUGGAAGAUGUAUUGAUUUUUAA